CUAAAUUAAUUGCGUCGCUCUUUAAUUCUGUUAUUAUUUUUCAUUGUUCAAAUAAAAUUGUGUUACUUCAAUGUUUCGGUGUUAGAGUGGUCUCUCAUCCACCCUCUCCCUUCCCACUCGCACGCGCGAGUUAACGCUUUAAUUGCUCUUACAUUUAAAUCCAACGAUAAACUAAAGGCAAGAAUAUGAUUCAUAUUAAAGAAUCACUUAUCACAUAAAGCGCUUACCCAGCUGCUUUUUCUGCUGAACGCGUAACUAUAACGUAUUGUUAUAGGAUACGAUGAUACAUCAUAUUUCACGUGUGUGAUUUAUUUCAUCCAUAGUAUAAUAUUUAAGCAUGAAAAUCAUGCUAUCGAACGAGAGUCACAUCUGUAACAUAGCGAAUGAUUAUUUUAUCUAAUUUAUAGCUCUGUUAUCGGUUUCAUAUUUUCUGCAACGAGAUAUUCGGCCGAAAAUGUAGACUAUAUAGUGGGAUAAUGGUAACGUUUCUCGCCCAGCUCGUCCUUGGCCCCGACCCCGACCCUUUCACGCGCACGCGGCGUCUUUGAUCUCAGUGCGGUAGAUUUAGUUCGAGAAAAAAAUAGAGAUUGUGCGGGGCCCCAAAUAAAAAUUUCUUCCAAGAGUAUAUAUCUGAGAACUUUUAUUUUUCUCUUCUGCGUUCGCAACAAUUAAUCUACUAAUAGCGAUAUUUAUUGCCUCGCUUUACUCGUUUGACUCAUUCUCGACAUUCUCAGCCGCUCGAUCGUCGAGAUUCGCUAAGAAUUUCGCGCCGUGGUGUUCCGCGUGCGUGCUACGGUACGUCACCCGCGUCACCGUACGGGCUGCGCAUGCGCGAGAGACCGGACCAUUCAGCUGGAACGACAGGACGCCGUGGCUCGUGGCUGUAACCGCUAUACGCCGUUUUGAUACAUGUAAACAAAGGCGGUCAGUGAAAGUUGUGCCUGCUAAAAGUGAAAUUUUUCAUUCGAAUACUGUGUCGCGCGUCGCGAGAACACCUGACGGUGCCCUUCCCAUCUUCGUCGAGUCUCCGUGAUGGGGGACGAGAGAACGCGCACGAGACAUGCCGUAUGCCGUGCCGUUGCGAAUCUGCGCCUGCGAGGUUAUUAACAUGAGCUUGUGAGUGCUGCGUGCGAAAAAAAUUUAGGAAAAAAAAAACGAGGGAAAAUCAGCUCUCCUUGCAUCCGAAUCUCUCGCAGAGAUGGAUAUCGCUCUGGAGCGAGUGCACGAUUGGGACAACACCCGCAUCGUCCUUGAGCGCAAUCGAUCUUACACCUGUGGUAGAGGCAAGGAAAAUGAUAUUAUCUGCCCUAAUGUGGCUGUAUCUCGUAGACAUUGUAUUUUUUUUCGAGAUAGUGAGAAUUCAUACGUUUCAGACUUAAAGAGUUCAAAUGGGACCUAUGUCAAUGGCAAGAUAAGAGCUUCUUCUAAUAUGAUCAAAUUACAUGAGAAUGAUAUCAUUGGAUUAGGCUGCCCAAAUACUAAUCCAGACAAUGAGACACAGUAUAUUUAUAAAGUUUGCCUCAUUAGGCCAUCCAUCCUUGAUGAGGAAGAAGAAGAAGAGGAAACUACCUUUUCGACGACAAUUUUAACUAUUACUAAUACAUUACAAAGUAGUGAAUCUUCUGCCUUUCCUGUAGAUCAUGCUUUGAGAAAAAGAUGUAUACCUAAUUUAAAUUGUGACAUGACAGUGCCUAAUAAAAUAUCAAAAAUUACAUAUGAUGAUAAACAUGACUCUAGUAUUAGUCCUUCAAAAGGAAUUAAUUCUAAUUUAUCUCAUCAUAAUCAGAAUUCCCACAAUAACAACAGUAUUAAUAAUUUAGUAAAAACUAGACAUAAUACUAUAGAUAUAAACGCAGAAGAUGACAUACAAAUAAUUCAUACAUCUCUAGCAAAAGACGUAGAGAAGAAGAACAGUGUGGAUCAUAAUCAUAAAUCUGCAAAAUGUUCAGAUGUCAGAAAUAAAUCGGACUUUGAUGAGAGAAUGAAUGUUUCUAGUAUUGAGAUUAAAAGUGACGGUGAUGUUAAUAACAGAGAUAGAAGCAAAAGUUGUACAAGAAAAACAUCGAAUAGCAUUGAUAAACAAGAUGAUGCGUUACUGAAGAAGAACAGUGUGGAUCAUAAUCAUAAAUCUGCAAAAUGUUCAGAUGUCAGGAAUAAAUCGGACUUUGAUGAGAGAAUGAAUGUUUCUUGUAUUGAGACUAACAGUGAGACUAACGGUGAUGUUAAUAUCAGAGAUAGAAGCAAAAGUUGUACAAGAAAAACAUCGAAUAGCAUUGAUAAACAAGAUGAUGCGUUACUCUUUACAGAGAAUUUUGUACAUACGGGUGACCAAAUUAUUAAAUAUGAAAAUGAACUGCAAAUAACGGACGAUGAAGAAGCAUGCAGGAUAACUGUUGGGGGCGAUAAAAUCCACGACAAAUCACCGAUUAAAUUGAAGAAAAAAAAACAUGAGCAAAAAACGCGAUUCUCUAUUAUCGAUGUUGUUGAUCUGAGUGACGAUGAAGAAGGAAUGUUUCCGUGGUCCCAGUUGUUCGAUAUCAAAUACGAAGAUAAUACAGAGAAUAAAAUGGAGAUUAAACAGGAAUGUGCCAGCGAUGAUGACCUAAAUACCGAGAAAAUUGGCUUGUUAAAUGUGGACGACGAGGUUAUUAUUUUAACAGACAACGAAGAUGAGGAUAAUCCAUGGUUGGAACGAUUAUCCAGAAGUCAGUUACUUAACGAGGAUAAACCUGUUUCGUGUGAUGCGAUCGUAAAGGAUGAGAUCGAUUUGGGAAUUUGGGAUGAUGAAAUUCUGAGUAUGUUUGAACCGUCCGAGAUACCGAGUACUUCCCACGUUCCUUGCAGUAAAGAAAUAUCUCAUAAACCACGUGCAGGCGUCGAUGUUACAACUAAAAACAAGAAGGAUGAUUAUAAUACUAAUUUACCGACGACAGAAGUGAACGCAAUGGAUAUAGACGAAGUUGGUCCUUCUAAUGAACCUAGUUCGAAAGAUGUUGAUCAAAGCAAACAGAUUGUUAACACUGAUAUUAAUACUAAUUUGCCGACGAUAGAAAUGAACGGGAUGGAUGUGGACGAAAUCGGUCCUUUUAACGAGCCUAGUAUGAAAGAUAUUGAUAAAGGCGAACAGAUUGUUGAUAUCAAUAUUAAUGACAAAAGUAAACAGAUUGUUGAUAUCAAUAUUAAUGACAAAAGCAAACAGGUUGGUGAUAUCAAUAUCGAUAACAUAAGCAAACAAGUUGUUGAUAUCAAUAUUAAUGAUAAAAAUAAACAGAAAACAGAUGUGAAACAAAAUAUAGAGCGAAAUAAGCAAACAAUAGAAAACCUGAAACAAAAAUUGAUUGCAAAUCGAGAAAACUCAUCGAGAAAACUGAUUCCAGUAAUAGAACCAUUAAAUUUACCUCCAAGAAGAAGACAUACUGAUCGUAGCAAAAACAAAGUAACAAAAGAACAUGAAACUUCACACUCGAGAUCAACAACAAAAGAAAAGACGAUGUCGAAAUUAAAAGAAACACUUAACGAUAAUUUCUAUAGUAAGGAACAAAAGUGCCAAAAAGAGAGAUCUAAAUCAACAGCUGACAGUCACUCGCCAAGUGAAACAAAAUCUGGGCCAUCAAUUUCUAAGGACGAAAAAAGGAAAAUAAUCGAGGACAGAAAAAUAAAAUUGAAGAAGAUUGCGGAAAAGGAGAAGCUGGUCGCCGAAAACGAUGAAGGUAGUAGUCGUAGGAUUGCUAAACCGAGAGCUAAAAUAUCUUUGAAAAAUCGUGGCGACUUUCUCAUCGCUGAGCAAGAACCGCGAGUAUCUAAAUCGCUUCCAAAUAAAUCCACAAAAUUGCCAAAAUCGAGUGACGAUCAAUUUAAGAAGCGAUCAACGAAUAAAACUGAUGUUGUAAAAGAAUCCGCGACUUCCGACAAGAAAACACAGAAAUCGCAUCAGAAAACAGACGUCUCCAAGGAUACAGUCAACAAUAUUGCUACAUCAUUGCAACAAUCAUUACAUUUAGAUAAUAUGAGCACUGCAUCUGAGGAGAACACACUGGCGAUCAAUGACAAUAAAAAGAAACGUCGCAGUAGCAGCAGGAGUAGCUCGAAAAGAAACAGCGGGAAUGCUGAUUCCACUGCCAAAAUGUCAGAAUCGCGAGAUCGGUUGACCCACCGCGGUUCCGCGGUUCAAAAAGAAAUUGUUUCACCGAGCAAUUUGAAAUCGAAGCUCGUGAAAUCGAGCACGAAAUCGACGAAAAAGAAGAGAGUGUCCUUUUCUGAUAAAUUCGAAAUAAAGGUGUACGAAAUCGAUCGUCGCAAUACUUUAAAAAAAUUGGAAGGGAAAGAUGCGCCUAUACCCGUGAAUAAAUUAACAAGGGCAUCCAAGGGCACCUAUGCGGAUUGGACCCCGAAACUGGAGGAGUUCCUACUGCACAUUUUUAAGUGGAAUCCCGUGUGGCUCGAAGAGCAGCGCUAUUUGAAGUGCGAACCGCCAAUAGUGCCGGAGAAUGAACUUCAUACUAUGAAAUUGUUCUACGAUUCCUAUAAACAGUAUUACGAAGUCGCGAUGCCUCUCCUGUUACUCGAGAUGUGGUGCGUCAUGACCAAGGAAUUCGAAACGAUCCAGAAGAAUAGGCAACGUCCCACUAUGAUGUGUUCCAUAGUCGAAAAUUCUAUUACGCGUACGCCGAUACCGUCGACCAAUUUAUUCCUGACGACACUGAUGCUCGAGGUGCUGAUCAAUAAAGACGAUCUGAAUAAACAAACUCAUCCUAUUUACGGAGAUCUAGUGUAUCUUGAGUAUGUCACGAAUGUACACGAUAAGCAAAUCUUUCACAAGAUAUACGGAUACGUCACCAACAUGCAACACGUGAUUAUCACAGACUUCACUCAUUAUAAUAGGGAUUUAAGGAAACAUGUUAAAAAUCCGUAUGCUGUGAUAACAUACACCUUGCUAACGCGGCCUCUCGAACACAGUAUCCCUGUAAAUAGGGUGCAAAGAGUCCGCACGGUCAUGUAUCUACGAGCGAAUAUCAGAAUGGUGCAGGCAUUGCAAUACCUUCCUCACUCGCCCCUGUUGAAAUUGAUUGUCAGUCCAAAAGUCGAGAACUAUCAAUUGUCGCCGUUAAAUGAACAGUACACAUCUUCUUCGCUGGUCACAAAAGAUGAUUUGAAUCCGAGGCAAUUGGAGGCUGUAUUUAAAGUGACGAACGUUGUGAUAAAGAAAGAGGCUAAACUGUGCUUCAUUCAGGGCCCCCCGGGGACGGGCAAGUCCAAAGUUAUCGUUAAUCUGGUGUCUCAAAUACUAUUCGGUCAGCAGCAAGACAAGAAAUCUUUGAGAAUCCUGAUUUGCGCACCGUCCAACGCCGCUAUCGAUGAGAUCGUGUUGAGACUUCUGAAUGUCAGGUCUAUUUUGAAACAAAAACGUUUCAAUAUGGUACGUAUUGGUCGACCGGAGUCUAUGCAUCCAAAGGUUAAAAACAUUUCCGUGACAGAACUGGCGAAACGAUACCUCCAGCAAAUGACCAAGACGUCGAAAUCAAUGUUGAAUGGAGGCUCGGCUAACACCGAAGAUAUAGCGAUUUUACAGGCGCGUAUCAAUUCGCUUAAAACUCAACUUGAGAGCAUUGACAAAACGGAAGAAACGAAGAGGAAUUCACUCAUGAACAAACUAUUUGAAACGUCGACGACAUGCGAACUGCUGAAAUCUGGUAAAUCAGUAGAACAGCUCGAUCCGAAGGAUCGUGCCAAAUACAAGCGUAUGUCGGAAAACGUAAUUAUUACGGGUGCCAAUGUAAUUGCCUGUACGCUUUCGUCCUGUUACACUAAUCAAAUGGAGUCGAUCUUCGGUGGUCACAAAGAAAGGAUAUCCGUGUGCAUCGUCGACGAGGCGACGCAGAGCUGCGAAGCAGAAACUCUGAUACCGUUGAUGUUGGGAGUGAAUACGUUGGUCCUGGUGGGCGAUCCGAAUCAACUGCCCGCAACUAUUCUAAGUCAGCGAGCGAAGAAGUUGGGACUAGAUCAAUCAUUAUUUUCGAGGAUGCAGAAAGUCUUCGAGUCUCAACCGAACAGUCCAAUUAUAAUGCUGGACACGCAAUAUCGCAUGGAUUAUGCGAUCUCGUAUUGGCCGAAUAGAUACUUCUAUGGUGGAAAAUUGAAAAACGCCGCCGAAUGUAAGAUGAAGUUCCCAUUUCAUUCCUAUAGAGUGUUGUAUCAUGAUUUCAUACAGAACGACGACAAGUUUUCCAACACCACCGAGGCGGAAUUCGUGGCCAAUAUAAUUUAUACCAUGUUAAUGUUUGGCAAGUGGGAAACAACAACCGAUACCAUUUCUCUUGGAGUUCUCACGCCGUACAACAAUCAAAGGGCUCUUGUGCUGAAUAAAAUAAACGAAAAGAUAUCUUCUGUACCGGGUAACUUAAGGAAGAAAAUUAGCUUUGAAGUUAAUACAGUCGACGGUUUCCAGGGUCAAGAGCGAGAUGUUAUAAUAAUGUCCUGCGUGAGAAGCAACGGUAUUGGAUUUUUGUCGGACAAGCAAAGACUCUGUGUAGCUCUCACUAGAGCUAAACACAGUCUGAUAUUGUGCGGAAACUUUAAUACCUUCAAGAGGGAUCAAAUGUGGAAGGCGUUGUUAAAUGAUGCACGAGAUCGUGGAAUUUUAUGCCAUAUCGAUCCCAAUGCGACACCUGCCAUCAUUAAACGAUUUAUCGUUAAAUAAGGAAUAUUUUUUAAGUUUUUUUACGUACUUGGCAUCAGGAGCAUUUUUUUAUAACUUUUGUACAUUUUGUAAAUACCUAGACUAAGCCUGAUAGUUCAAAUACAUUGCUUCCAAUGAAAAGUGUAUCAUGAAAGUGCCAAAGAAUGUUGUAUUUGAUACUCUUUGGAGUAAUACCUUAGAAUCAUAGUUAUGAAUAACUGCAUUAAUGUUGUGACUGUAUGGUUGAAAUGGAACUGAAAUUUGUCACGUUUCUACAUUUAUAUAGACAAAAAUUGUUAAUUGAUAUCUUAACUAACUAUUAUUAUAUAAUUCUUAAUUUUUAGUUACAUUCAUAACAAUCGAUAAUAUGUACAAAAUGUCGCAAGUUUAACGAGCCAAAUUUUUUUUAUGAAUUUGCAGCCUAUUCCAUCAUUUGUUAGGCCUUGUCCACGAUGCUAAAAAUCGCUCCGAGAUCUCGGACGGAGAAGGAAUCAACCAAUGGCAUUGAUCAAUUAUCCGAAUUGUUUAAAUGCGAUUGGUAAAUUCUUUCGAGAUUUGGGAUCUCGGUGCGAUUUCUAGCAUCUUGGACACAAGGCUUUUUACACGCGUUUUCAAUAUCAACUUCGUAAGUUUUCUAUUUUAGAAUUUAGCGACUAAAGUUAGAAUUAAUCUAUCAAAGUGUUCAUUUAAUAUAUUGGUGUACUAUUCCGUAAACAAAAUGCCAACAAUACGCAAGCACAGGUUUAUCACCAGAGUCAAAUAUUGCGACAGAUUGGCAUCAACUGCGGCCGUAUCAAGCUCAUAUUUUUUGCCAAUAUAGAGCCGAUAUAAUCUGUCACUUUAUAAUCUUAUAAAUAGGAUGUAUUGCUCACGAAGAGGCCGGUUCCGUUUGGUUACUACCAUCAGUCAGUCUAAUUUUUUUCUAAAUGCCUCUCUGAAGUUUAAUAUAAAAAACGUUAAUUUUUAUAACUUGAAAGCUCUGCGAUGUUUCGUUAAAGAUUAAUCGAAGGACACGUGAGAAGGUUUAUAGGAUUUAUUAGACUUUGUAUGUGAUUAUAUAUGUGAAGCUGUUAAAUAAACGACUCUGCGC